AUGAUGAGAGGUGACGAUGAUUAUGACUAUCUCUUUAAAAUAGUUCUUAUAGGAGACUCAGGCGUCGGGAAGUCCAACCUACUCUCACGAUUUACCAAAAACGAGUUCAAUUUAGAGUCGAAGACCACAAUAGGAGUCGAAUUUGCCCAAAAAAGUGUCAUAAUAGAUGAGAAGACUAUCAAAGCCCAAAUUUGGGAUACAGCAGGCCAAGAGCGUUAUCGAGCGAUCACAUCUGCCUAUUAUCGUGGCGCAGUUGGUGCUCUAUUAGUUUAUGAUGUCUGCAAGCCAACUUCUUUCGAAAAUGUUGAAAGAUGGCUUAAAGAGCUCAAAGAUCAUGCAGAUUCUCAAACUGUAGUAAUGCUAGUUGGCAAUAAAACAGACUUAAAACAUCUUAGAGCUGUUAGGACCGAAGAAGGGGCAGGGUAUUCACAGAAGCAUAAUUUAGCUUUUAUUGAGACCUCAGCUAUGGAUGCGAGUAAUGUAAAUUUGGCUUUUGAGAGAAUUUUGAAUGAAAUUUAUCAAUUGACCAUCAGAAACGUAAUUGGGAUUAAAAAGACCUUACAAAGCUCUAUUGGUCCAACUAGACGCAUCGACAUAAAUGAAGAAAAAGUUUCUUUUGGAAGAACACCUAGAGUAGAAGCCAAAUGCUGCCAAUAA